AUGAAUGUUGAUUUACGCCAAAAAAAAAGUGCUGAAACAAAGACAAGCAAUAAAUUAAAUAUUAUAAUUGAGGGAUUUGAUAUUCCGCUCCGAGAAAGAGUAACUGUUUUAAAGUCUCCGCAUAAGCAUAAGGAUUCACAAGAGCAUUUAGGCAGAAUAACUCAUCGCCGUUUAGUACAAGUGAUAGGCACUCCUUAUUCUGAAUUGAAUAAGGUCGGUUUAGCGGCAAUUAUUCUUUUCGCAAAAAAAUCUAGCCACGAGAACAAAGAAAAUCGGCAAGCAAGCGAAAAAGAAACUAAUCCUGAAAUUAACUCGCCGGAGCAAAUUCCGCUUUCGAAUGAAGAGCCGAGCGGUUGUCCUUAUUUGAACGAAGAAGCAAUGGAAACAGAAAAAAGAAUUGGUGUUAUCAAUGAAUUAUUUGUCAUGUUUGACUCUGAAUUGUUUGAACUUCCCAAAGAAGAAAAGGAAAAGAGACUCAAAGACGACGAUAUUUAUGUGGGCGGAACGAAAAAUCUAGUGGUUAUUGUGCGAAAAAUUCCUCAUGGCGGACCCAAAAUUAAUAUUGAUAAAGGGUAUUUUCAGGCUCCCAUGACCAGAGAAGAAAAACAGAGUGGUCAUUAUAUGAAAAGAGUAAUUAAUUUCUUCUUAAAGCAAGAAAAUAUUAACCCGCAACAAUACGAAAUAACCCUGUUGUCGGCAAUAGGAGUAGAAAAUUUCACUGGGGAAAGAAAAGUUGCUUUCGGGCAAAGUGGAGGAAAAUCAGCCGGAAGCACUCUUUAUUUAGCUUUACUAAGUGCUUUUUUUAAAAAACCUAUUGCUAAGGAAGUUGCUUCGACCGGUGCUUUAUCAUUAUCCACCAAAAGAAUAAAGUGGGGAAAAGUCAGCGGACAAGAAUUUCCUUUGGUUCCGGGAACUAAUUUGCCAAUUGGUGGACUAAAACACAAAGUUUCAGCGGCAACAGAAAGAGGAGUUAAUCAGUUGGCGGAGGAUUAUCAACAAGUAGUUCCACCCGAAAUAAAAGCCAAAAUGACGGUUCAUUUUGCCGAAAAUGUUGCCGAAUUACGAAAACUAGUUUUGGGAGACCAAGCAAAAGCCCAACAACAAAGAAAAGCCAAUGAUUUAGCUGUCCGAGAAGAAAAAAUUCGCUUAGCCCAAACUAACUUGGCUACUCAGAAAAAAAAUUGCCAAAAAGAGGAAACGAGAAUAACUAAUUUGAGCGAAAAAUUGCUGGCAAAAGAAAAAAUAAUCACCGAACAACUAGAAAAAUCCGGGCAAAAAGAACAGCGGCUAGAAGACAAAGAGCAAGAAUUGUGUCAAAAAGAGAACCAAGCCCAGGAAAUCCUCUUUGCCCGCUUGAAAGAAAAAAUUAAAGACAAUUUGGAUAAGCAGACCCAAGGAGAAAUUAAGCGUCAGCAAGAAAUAGUUGAAUCUGAAACAACCAAAAUUAUUUGUGCGGCUUUGGAAAAAUAUAGUUCUGAAUUAGUAUAUAGUCGGACAGUUAACCAUUUAAAGGUGGAUGACGACCGACACAUGGGACGAAUUAUUGGUAAAGAUGGUCGGAACAUCAAUUUUUUUCGCAAACUUACCGGAGUAGAACUUUUGUUUCCCGAAAACGGCACUGCUCGCCGCAAGCCAAAAGAAGGCAAAAAAAAAGAAGAAUGA